GGAUUUUUGUCAUUGUGCUAGAAAUCUAGGCUAUCUCCUUUGCCAAGUUUGGGCACUGCAGAACUUGGGCAGUGCCUAUGGAUGCAACAACUAGCGGAACCCCAAUUAUACAAUACCAUAACAUACCUGAUCAGCCAAUUGCUACUAUUGUAGCUCCUCCUGUAGCCACAUUUCAACGACAAGUACGCCAGUGCUUUGGGAACUCAACACCAGGAGAAUUCCCGUUGGCUGCUAGUCCUUCUAUUGUCCUUCAUGUCCUCACAGCUGGUAAUUUGGAUGCUCAAGAUCUUGCAAAAUUAGAGGCAACAUGCUCCUUCUUUAGGCGGCCAGCAAACUUUGCCCCUGACUAUGAAUUGUCCAUAUCGGAGCUUGUUGCUCUUGACAUGUGUCAAGAGAGGGCUAUAUUUAAGCCAAUGACCGAAGAAGAGCGUCAACAUUUGAAACAAAGAUGUGGGGGUUCAUGGAAAUUGGUCCUCAGGUUUCUGCUGGCUGGAGAAACAUGUUUCAGGAGGGAGAAAUCACAAGCAAUUGCAGGUCCGGGUCACAGCAUUGCUGUGACAUCAAAGGGAGUAGUUUACUCUUUUGGCUCUAAUAGUUCAGGACAGCUUGGACAUGGCAACACUGAAGAGGACUGGCGGCCCCAGGCAAUCAGAUCUCUGCAAGAAAUUCGUAUUAUCCAAGCUGCUGCAGGGGCUGGCAGAACAAUGCUGAUUAGUGAUGCUGGGAAAGUUUAUGCCUUCGGAAAGGACUCCUUUGGUGAAAUUGAAUAUGGUGUUCAAGGAUCUAAACUUGUCACCACGCCACAGCUUGUUGAAUCUCUGAAAGGCAUAUUUGUGGUACAAGCUGCUAUUGGGAAUUUCUUCACCGCCGUACUGUCUAGAGAGGGCAGGGUUUAUACAUUUUCUUGGGGUGAUGAUGGCAGGCUUGGUCACUCAACUGAGCCAAAUGAUGUUGAACCCCAUCCUUUGCUGGGAGCAUUGGAGAACAUACAAGUAGUACAAAUUGCUGCUGGAUACUGCUACCUUCUUUGUCUAGCGUGUGAACUUGAUGGCCGCAUGUCAGUCUACUCUGUUGGGUGUGGCUUGGGAGGGAAACUAGGACAUGGAUCAAGAACUGAUGAGAAAUACCCACGUCGUAUUGAACAAUUUCAGAAUAUGAAUCUCCAGCCAAUGGUGGUUGCUGCUGGUGCUUGGCAUGCAGCUGUGGUAGGUCGGGAUGGACGAGUUUGCACUUGGGGUUGGGGUCGUUAUGGAUGCUUAGGCCAUGGAAAUGAAGAGUGUGAAUCAGUUCCUAAGGUAGUGGAAGCAUUAAGCAAGGUCAAAGCCAUUCAUGUUGCUACAGGGGAUUACAUUACCUUUGUGGUAUCUGAUGAUGGUGAUGUAUACUCCUUUGGUUGUGGUGAAUCUGCAAGUCUAGGACAUAACACUGCUACUGAUGGACAGGGCAACAGGCAUGCAAAUGUGCUGAGCCCAGAGCUAGUAACCUCACUGAAGCAGCUGAAUGAACGGGUGGUUCAGAUAAGCCUUACAAACUCAAUAUACUGGAAUGCCCACACCCUCGCGGUCACAGAAUCAGGAAAAUUAUACGCAUUUGGUGCGGGAGACAAAGGGCAGCUAGGCAUAGAGUUAGUUAACAAUCAAACAGAAAGGGGGAACCCAGAGCGGGUUGAUAUCGAUCUCAGUUAGCAAUUUAAUUUCUCCCCCUUUUCAUCAUCUCUAAUCCAUCAAGCUACACACAUUGCGUUUGGUUUUUAGGUUUCCUUGUCUAUUUUGUAAAUAGAAGUAAACAAAACAAUUGGGAAGAUUUAAGUUAGAUAGCAAAGGCCAACAUGGUUUGAUAUAUAAGAAAAAUGGCUAGAACAGAGGCCUUCAAUAUGUUAAUAGUUGAAAUGGGAAACAUCAUUUGUUAAGGUUUCAUUUAUUACUAAGUUUGUCCUAAUUGCAUUCUU